GCGCAUGACAAACGGACAUUGAUAAUUGUCAAAUAUGAAUGGCGAUUGCGUGCUAUUUGGCUGUAGUUGUUUGCUUCUCUAACGACAAGAUUAAUUUACCAACAGUAAAUAUUUGUUAUGUGACUAACGUAGUUAAUUUGUCAUUUUGAAAAAGCUGCUUUAAACAAUCUACAGAAGUAGCACUUGUUUGAACGACUGUUACGAUAUUAUUUUUCACCAGGAGUCAAAAUGUUAUCAGAUGAAUCAAGUAGUGAUUCAGAAACAGGCAGAUUCAAAUGUCAAACUAACAAAGAUGAUGAUGCAAAAUCUCAUAGAAGAGAAGAAAAUACUAGCUCAGGAAGAAGUAGGAAUAUUGAUGGAAGGUAUAAUAGAGACUUUGGUAGAAAAAGAAAUGAUAGGGAUAGGUUUGAUAGACACUCUAGAGAAAGAAAUAGGUACAGUAGAUAUUCACCAAUAAGGCGUAGACACUCAAGGGAUAAAAGUAGAGAAAGAAGAAAAGAGAGUGAUAGGUAUAGAUCCAACAGGGGCUCUAGGGAACGAACUAGACCCAAAGAGCGUAGUUUGAGUAGGGAUAGAAAAAGAAAAUCUCGGUCCGGAUCACAUAAGUCCCCAGUACCAAGGAAUAUGAAAGAUGAAAUAAAAAAUUUAAUUACCACUACUGAUAAAAAAACUGAAAAGUAUGAAAGGAAUGUUAAAAAAGAAAGUUCAUUGUCUCCUAACCAUGUAGUAAAAAAGUCUGAAGUUCAUAAACCUAUCCAAGAACCAUCAAAAAGAAGAAGUGACAGUCCAAUACUUGUAGAAGAAGACAUGAAUGACUAUAGUCACGAUGAAGUUCAACCAGGAUCGUACUACAGUAUGAUACCAGCAGUUAUCAAAGAAAAAUCUGAAGAAUCCACUGAAAUUGAUUCAUCAGAUGAUGAAAAGCUCCGAGCAAAACUUUUGAACUUAGAAAAAGAGUUUCACAAGAGCAAAAAAAAGAAACAUAAAAAAAGACACAAAAAGAAGUCAAAAACAAAUAAGGAAAAGGAUGAUUCAUGCGUUUCAGUUGAAGUGACAAGUACUACAGAUAUUCAAGAAGAUAAUAUUAAGCAGAAUACUCAAUCAACCGAAGUAUCAUCUACACAAAAGAACAAUCAAAAGGAAAGUAGUGAGGAAGGUGAGAUAUUAAGUGAAGAUGAUCAAGAUAUUGAUCCAACUGAUUUAAGACAUAAACUCAAACGUUCAAAAAAUGGGUCACAAGAAAAUAUGUCCCCUAAGCUAGAUGCUUGUGGACCUGCCUUACCACCUCACCUACAAAAACGUUUCCACAAAAGUUCCUCUCCUAGUGAAGGUAAUGUCGAGACGUCAAAGACAGAAAGGGCAAGAAACAUAGGGCCGUCUAUUCCAAGCGAUAUGCGUAAAGUAUUAGCUGAGAGAAGUCCUGAAAUAAUAAAGGAUGAGAGUUCAGAAGAAGAUACUGGUAUAGGACCGCUACCUACUGGUGCUGAACAAAAAAUGACUGAUGCACACAAGCGUCUAGAAGAAAGAGCUUAUGAGUUGAAAAUAAAACAGCUUGAUGGACACACACUCCAUGCAAAGGAUACAAAAUCGCGAGAGCAAUGGAUGCUUGAACUGCCAGAAGGAAAAACAAAAUUCCUUGGUUUGGAAGCCCGGGGCUUCAGAGCAAAAGAAGGCCCUGAUAUGUCAGACAGAUCAAGUUGGACUGACACGCCCGAAGAGAAAGCGCGAAAGGCUGCGGGUAUCGCGAAAGAGGAAAACACAUCUGAAGCCCUACAACGGGAGGCGAAAGAACGGAACAUUUCUAGUAGAGAUGAAGAACAGGAACAAGCGGUUAGAAAACACAAGAAAAAGCAUAAACGAGAUGAAAGCCUGUUGGAAAUACACCAGAAAAAAUUGAAAAAGAAGAAGAAGAAAGAGAGCGAGGAAAAGAAGGAGCGUCGUCCGUUUAGCCGAGAUGUAGACCUUCAAGUGAACCGCUUUGACGAAGCACAAAAAAAAUCUAUUAUCAAGAAAGCACAAGACCUAAAUUCACGGUUCUCUCAAGGCGAAGCUAAAUUUUUAUAACCAACAACACAUAAAUUCAUACUCAAAUUUGAAUGUAUGAAAAAAUUUCACAAGUUUAUUUGUAUAUUAUGGUCUAAACGAGGAAUUGAAUCGUAGCAUGAUAAAAUUCUUAUGAAAACUUUUUACUGCCAUCCACGCUUUCAUAAUAGCAAAUAAUGAAAAGAUUUAACAAGUCCUUAUUACAGAGCUUCUUUGUAUCAUUAAUUAAUCGAUAAAUUAAUCGAUCGUGAAUGUAGCCGUAAAAUUGAAUAAUGUGGUUGUUGUUUCUCUUUUUUAUUUGUCAAUAUAGGUUACAUAAUGAACACUAAAUGUAUAAACUAUAAACAUAUGUCUGUGCUAUAGUGAAAUAAUUCAUAGUACCCAAAUAGCCCCGUUAUGUGGACUUAUGGCCUGUGUAAAUAUUUACAUGCAUUUCUUUAUGAACAAAUGUCAAAUCUUUAUUAAAGAUUGGUCAUUUGUUGAUCACAACAAUCUUUCAACAAAUUUUUUAUUAAAUUUUAUUUAUAAGUCAUAAAGGAAUUGUUGCCGAUUCUUCUUGUAUCGUCUUUACUUGUUUGAAUCCAUUUUUUUUUUU